AUGAAUGCUCGAAGGGACUACCGUGGCAACAAAGUUGCUCUUUUUGAUGGCAUUGAGGAGGGUGGCAUCAGGGCCUCGGCUUCCUACUCCCAUGAAAUUGAUGAACAUGAUAAUGAAAGAGCAGUGGACGGAUUGCAAGAUAGAGUCAAUUUGCUGAAGAGAUUGUCAGGUGAUAUACAUGAGGAGGUGGAGAGUCACAAUCACAUGUUGGACAGAAUGGGAAACGAUAUGGAUUCAUCAAGGGGAGUGCUAUCUGGUACCAUGGACAAGUUUAAGAUGGUUUUCGAGACGAAGUCAAGCCAGAGAAUGUUUACACUAGUGGCAUCUUUUGUGGUCAUUUUCCUAGUUAUAUACUAUCUCACUAGGUAA